AUGGGGGAUAAGCUCGCGCCCACGACACGACACGCGUAUACGCACGAGGGUAGGGUCGUGUACGAGUGGGAUCAGACCCUCGACGAGUGCAACUUCUACGUGCGCACGCCGCCCGGGGUCAAGGCGAAGAUCCUCGACGUGGAGGUGACGAGCACGUCCGUCAAGUUCGGCAUCAAGGGCAACCCGCCGUACCUGCACCACGAGCUCACGGAGGCGGUCAAAGCGGCCGACAGCUUCUGGACCCUGGAGGACGGCGAGCUGCACAUACAGAUGACCAAGCUCCACAAGGGAAGGCCGUGGGUCAGCCUGUUCAAGGGGCACGGGAUGUUGGAUCCCGCGGCGGAGGAGGCGGAGAAGGCGCGGCUGAUGAAGGAGAGGUUCGCGGAGGAGCACCCGGGGUUCGACUUCUCGGGCGCGGAGUUCAACGGCGCCGCGCCCGACCCGAGCAAGUUCAUGGGAGGCAUUGGACACAACUAG